ACUUCCACCCAUGAGACCGGUGUUCCUGUCUUGUGUAAAACCAAUAGUCACUGUUGACUUGUUUUAAAUUGCAUAAGUGAAGUUAAGUAUUAAACAAACUUAUGUCAACCGAUCUUUUCUUUCCUAAGCCCCCGAGUGGUUUUGUUGACUAAACCUUAAUAGUUUCCAUGGUGGCAGUACAUUAUUCAUGUAACUAUUCAUGUAACUAAGAUCACGUUGGACAUUUAUGUCCUCUUCAGGAUGAAUUGUGAUAACUCUGAUCCUCUGACUUUAGCACCAAGUCAAAUUUAAAUCAGUCCAACACUCAAAAUAAUGUGCUUGCUUUGGGGAGAUUUUCUCAGAAAUGAAAAAGAACUCUUCCUAAAGUGAAAAUAACAUGUUAGACCAACACAGAAUAUGGCAUUUCUAAAUCAAUUUCAUUGAAAAGAGUUAAACCCCAACCAGACCAGAGUGUUAAGCAACAAAAUGGCCCAAGCUUGAGCCAAAACUCAAUGCAUUGCCGGAAAUCAACCAAACUAACCAAAUCCAAACCCGACCCGAAGCUGUACAGAACAGAACGACCCAAACCCGACCUGAAACCUGAUACUUCUUAAGCCAUUGGAUUCAGGUCCUGGUAGCAGGCUCUAACUGUCUUAUCUUCUCUGUUGUUCCAGGGCUAAAGGUGCGUGAGGUGAUGAUAAAUGUGUCCCGUCAGCAGGUGGAAGAUUUCCACGGCCCGGAGGACUACUGGUGUCUCUGUGUGGCCUGGAGCCACCUGGGCACCUCCAAGAGUCGCAAGGCUACCGUCCGCAUCGCCUACCUGAGGAAAAACUUCGAGCAGGACCCCCAGGGGAAGGAGGUGCCAAUCAACGGGAUGAUCGUACUGCACUGUCGCCCUCCAGAGGGAGUGCCUGUGGCAGAGGUAAGGCUGCUGCUACUUGCUCCUCCUCCCCCGAAGGAGCAGAAGCUUAUACUCCCACUGAGCAGAAAAAAACAUCUGCAUCAGAGUGGCCAUCCUUAUUCUGGCAGAGUCACUCUCUGACAAUUCUACCUUCAGCUCUGCUUCCUCUGACCUUUAAGAGAUUGAUAUAUUGGUGUUAGAUACCAGCAAUAAGUUUAGAAGUGAACGUGUUCGUUCCAAAGUGAGGAUUCAGAGCACACAUUUUAAUCAAAUCUUCUGAAAACUGUAAUUUAAUAAAAUAGACAUCAAAAAUACUCAGAGAUCCAUUUCUAAAAUUCAGUUUAUUGCAUCGUUAACCUCGUGAGUGUUUUCUUGCUUUGAGAAACAUCUGGUUUAAAGUGGGGCAGGAGGCCACAAAGUGAAUGGUCCAAUUAUAAAUUUUUUUGUGGGAUGAUGCAAGGGAGUGGGUGUUUGGGGGGAUGUUACGCUUUCUUCUACUGGAUUCUGUAGUUUCAUCCAUCAGCAGCUCUGUCACUGUGUUGGUGAAGACAUCAAAGUCAUGAAAGGGAAUCUCAUCACUGUGUCUGUUGGUUGCAACAUGGACAUCCAGAUCUGUGGAUGGGCAUUGCAUCUAAGAAAUCAAACAUACCAGGUGUUCUGUACUAGUCUGGAAUCUUUGGGCCUCAUUAAAGAAGAAUAUCCUCAGCAGCUUGUCCUAUCUUGACUUCAGUUAAAAAGAAGAUAAGAUAGAGAGAUAGGAUACAAGUCCUAUCUCUUUAUUACAGAAGAAAGGUUCCCUAUGUGAAAGUCCUGUGUUUUCAGACCCUCCAUAGACUAAGAAGGUUUUCAUAACGAGGCCUCUGGUGCGGAUCCAGACUGUCUGGAAUGAUUGUUCCUGAUUAUUCAUCUCCCUGUUUAUAUGACUCCAAUGUCCUCCAGGAUUGUGAUCAUCUGCGUCAGUGCAGGUUUAUCUUUAAGGCUUCUUCAUCGAACAAAUAUGUCAUUUUGGUACAAGCUCGGCAGUGGUGGAGGAAGUAUUCAGAUACUUUACUCAAACGUGCUACAUUCGAAAUUCAGAGCACAUCUACGAUUGAGGGAUUGCCUCUGCGCGGCUCUCAACAUGGCGACCGCUGAGCCGGCGGCUAGGAGCUUACGGCGCUAAUAGCAU